AUGGACAAUUAUAGUUUAAACUACGAAUGUCCACCAAUUGGAUACAAUGGUGUAGGACCUGGGUGCCGAACUGAGUCAAAUACACAAUUGGUAGUAUUACAAGUCAAUACUUUUGAUGGGAAAUUAUAUAUCAUUGAUGUGAUUCUAUCUGGUGUUCCUUUUCCCUCUUCACAAGACUUGAAAGAAAAUCAGCCACCGUUUGGUAAAGCUCGCAUAACGUUCAACACAGGUGUUACACUUCAAUCUACUGGUUUUUUUCAAAUCUGUAAAAAUAAGAAAAGUGAGCAAUGCCCAAAUCAGAACAUCAGUGCUCACAAACUUCCCCAUCCAUUACCAAGUAAUUAUGGAUAUGGCAUUUUUGGUAUUCAAGCAUUCAAUUUAAUUACAAAUUCGACAUGGAUCAUGGAUGAUCCUAAUCAAUUACUUAUUGUUACUGCAGGUACCAAUUACUAUUAUUUCAAUGCAACAGGAUUCUUCUUGUAUGAUUCCGGUUCAAAAACAUGUACUUGGUCAUCAGCUUGUAAUUAUGUUUGCGAAGUGUAUAAUUACGAUUCUCGAUUCUUAGACUAUGCGGGUGAAUGGAUGAUUACGAAUAAAUGGGGAAAUGAAGGGAUGAAACCAAUAAAUGCUGAAAUUUGGAUUGGAAAUGCAAUUGAUGCUGCCGGUAUCUUUCCCAUUGUCAUGUAUACCGAUAAAACAACUGGUCAUUACCUAGGGUUAGACAAACUUGAUCCAAUUCCAUCACCUAAAAUGGGUGCUACUUAUUGGUAUACCGAACAUGGUGAUACGGUACCAAGGGUUAACAUUAAAGCUUUUAGGCCAAGUGUUGUGGCUGCUGGUUGUGUUGCAAGACUAAACGAUUGGACUGGUCCUUGGAAGAACUUUGGAAAUCGUAUGAAACCUGGUGAUGUUCGAAUCAUGUUUGUUCUUGUUUUUUUGAAUAUCUUCCAAGCAUGGAUACACAUGCGUCGUGAAGAUUUCAAAUCAAUUGGAUGA